UGGCCGGAUCAGUCGAGUUCACUGAUAUUGGACUAAAGAAGCGUAGCAGGUGCAAUGUUGUGCUGCCCGUGUUUCCCCAGUGGAACGCGCGAGAAAGUCCGCCCAGAGACGGUGCAAGAGGCUGCAAUCCCCAGACCUCAGAGGAGCCGCCCCCUUCUCAAGAGGCUGAGGAGAUUGUUUAAAAGAGCUGAGAAGAAGACUAAAGAGUCUGUCACCCCUCAGACGGGCACCCUUGUGGUAGAGGGGCCGAUUAAAGACGAGGUUCCAUCCCCAGAGUGUCAGCCUGAGGUCCCUCAGGACCUCACAAAGGAGGAGGAGGAGAAGAGGAAGGGAAAGGAAAGCCCUGUUUGGGCAGGAAGAAUCGGCCGCCAGGAGGAGGACAUGAUGGUGGAGAACCUGGAGGGAGGGGAGGACACCAGCUCCUCUCAUGCCCCUGUGAUGGAGACCUCAUCCAGGACGACCAGCGUCUCCUCUCUGGACCGAUUAUUGGUCCAGGUGAUGGGCCAGGGAGGGAGGGCAUCAAGGGGCAGGAGCAGAAGCCCCUGCUCGGCCCGAACGACCCCCGAGUCCCCCAUGGCGUUACUCCACCAGUUCCUGCAGCUGCAGUGCAGAGGGCUGCCCAAUCUGGGGCAGACGUGCUACGUCAACGCCGUGCUGCAGUGUCUCAUCCACCUGCAGUCCCUCUGCUCCCAGCUGCUGCUGCAGGAGGCUGUGUGGAGCAUCAAGCCGGAGGCCCUGCUGCUCAGAACAUUCGUGGGACUCGUACGCCUGCGAAGGUCCACUGACAUGGACGUCAAGGCGGCAGUGGUCUUUGAAUUCAAGGAGAACAUUGCCCUGCACAACCAGGAGUUUGAGGGGAACUCCCAGAAUGACGCCCAUGAGUUUCUCUCAGAGUGUCUGCUGAGGCUGAGUGCCAUUGGCCAGAAGUUGGCCAUGGGGGACGUGGCCUAUCAGUGCCCAGUGGACACUCUGCUCUCCUUUCAGCUCCACUAUAUAAGAACUUGCCAGAGCUGUAGAGUUGAGAGCUCGAGGGAUGAGCUUAGCACCAUGCUCUCCCUUGACCUGGUUGUGCAGGGAUCAGUGGAAGACAGCCUGCAGCUCUAUUUCGCUGAGACUGCAGUGGAGUUCCGGUGUGAUUGUUGUGAGGGUCGGGACUCUUCCCUAAGAUGCAAUUUCAACACUCUGCCUCAGGUGUUGAUCCUCCAUCUGAAGAGGUUCUGUCCUAUGACCCUCACAAAGCGACAUCAGGCGGUCACACUGGAACCCAUCCUGAACCUGAGGGCACUGGGUGAAAGGAGUGAAGAGGCCAUCAGGACUCCUUCUCCUCCAACUAGAGCAGUGUCCAGUGUAGAUGGAGAGACAGGGCCAGAGACCAUGGAGACAAGCAGCCAGUACAAAUUGAUAAGUAUACUGAGCCACAUUGGGUCAGAUGCCACCAGCGGCCACUACAUCGCCGACUGCCAUGAGCAACCAGGCCAGUGGGUGUUAUAUGAUGACGAUGACAUCUCCUUAACAUCGGAGGAAGCUGUCCUCAAAGACAGGGAGAGGACGGCUUACAUUCUGUUUUACAUUAAACAGUGAGGCAGAUCACCCACCUUCCCACAUUGUCUGCCCCCCCAUAUCAUCACCAAGGGGGAAAGAUCGGAUAAAGGGAGUCCACUACAUUGCUGACUGCUGACCAGGCCAGUGGGUGUUGUAUAACAACCAUGAAGUCACCCUAACAUCAGAGGAGGUGGUCGUUCUCAAAGACAGGGAAAUGACAGCCUACAUUCUGUUUCAUGUCAAAAAGUGAAGCAGAUCAACACCCCAUCAUCAUCGGGGGUAAAAGGUGUCAGGAUCACUUUAGGAACCACUUCAUCAGGCUGGCAACCAAUGGGCGAGCCUUCCAUAAAGGCUAAAUCAAGUCAGAUAGGACAAAGACAGGCCACUACAUUGAACAUGGGUCACCCUAACAUCAGAGGAGGCCGUCCUCAAAAACAGGGAGAGGAUGGUCCACAUUCUGUUUUACA